AUGGAGGAACUCCCCAUACAGCCCUCCGGCAUAUUCAUGCAGCAAAACUUCAUCACACCCGAGCACGAAGCCGCGCUGCUCUCCAUCUUCCAGACGCAGCUCACGUGGCCCGACCGCAAGGGCCGCCUCGCCCUGCACUACGGGCACACAUUUUCCUACAAGACGUUCGGCAUCGACGAGGCGACGGCCUACAUCCCGUUCCCCGACUGGCUGCCGCCGCUGCUGCCGCGCACGGAGGCCCGCGCGCCGGACCAGGUGUGCCUGCAGUACUACGCGCCCGGCACGGGCAUCCCGCCGCACGUCGACACGCACAGCGCCUUUGACCAGCUGUACGCGCUCUCGCUGGGGGCGCCCGUGUCGAUGCAGUUCCGAGACGGGGCGACGGGGGAGAGGACGGACGUCGACCUGCUGCCGCGGAGCAUGAUGGAGAUGCGCGGCGAUGCGCGGCUGCACUGGACGCAUGGCAUUCGGUCACGGAAGACGGAUCCGCUGCCGGACGGCGGAGCCAGGCCGAGGGAGGGACGUUGGAGUCUUACGUACCGGUGGUUGCGGCAUGGGGCUGUUUGUGAGUGUGGAAACGAGAAGCUGUGCGACACGGCGCAACGGAGACUGGGUAUCGAGAAGGAGUAUCGGUGGAAGGACUACGAGGCGCAGGCUAAGGUUGAGCAGGAGAGGGUGAGCGACGACAGUAAGCAAACGAUAGAAAACAAUGAAGAAUGA